AUGGCUGCAACUAAUGAAGAAUUAAGCGACAGCAGUGUUACUGAUGAUGAUGAUAACGAAGAAAUGCUGAUGAAAGAGGAGAUCGCCAACAUUUUAUCAUUAGAUGGUAAUGAACAUAAAGAUGACAUUGUUAACAGUAUCUUGUAUGAUGGUCGACAAACAUUGGUCGAAUAUCGAGAAGAUAUUAUACCCAAAAUCUACAAAGAAACGAUGGAUAACAACAAUAGCCCAUUGAUGUUGUCAUUGAAACAGCACUUCGAAAAAACGCUGCAAGCACGUUUUAGUGAAGACAGUCCAUGGUUUGUGACAUUUCUGCGAGAAUAUAAAGAGGGCGAAAAUCAUGAUUUAUACGAUCGUGUCAUGAGUCGCAUAGUGGACGGAGGUGACUGCACGAAAAAUUUUGCAAUGUUAUCAAUACCUCUGCAGCUUCUGUUCGAAGGACUCGAUGAUGAAUGUAUGAAAGAAGGCGAUGUCUUUGAUCAUCUAUGGUCGACGAUUACCAAUGAUGGUUUGCAAUCGAUCAAGAAAUUCUCCGAUUAUAUCAUUAAAAGUGUUAUGGAUGAACAGUUGAAAAGCGGAUCGACAUUGUUUCGUGCGGUACGUGAAUAUUAUCGUGAUGAAGUCGUUUCAUCCUUGAACCAAUGCAAUAUUACAAACAAAAGAAAUAUAUACGAAUCAGCAUUAGACGAUGUUGCUGAGCAUGGUUGGUUAGGGGAUGUAAAAUCUAUCAAAGAUGAUAUCACUCCUCGAGCGCAUCGUAUGUUAUUGGAGGAACUACGUUCGUUUCAUGAGAAAGCACAACCACCUGCAGACGACAAAUCGAAAGCGAUGGAAGACAAUUCAGGACAGAAAACAACGUCAGAUAGUAAGGACACGUCGUCAGAGAAGGCGAAAGGUAAUGAAGAGCAGAAAACGUUGUUUCAUGGUAUGGAUGCCACAGAAAAAGAAAUAUUCAUGCUUAUCAAUAAACACCGUCAACACCAUGGUUUACCAUCACUCGAACCAUCUGUGAAUCUUGCUUAUGUUGCUCAUACACAUGCUGUCGAUAUAAUUGAGAACAAUCCAGAUGUUGCUGGUGGUAAUAUGCAUAGCUGGAGUAAUAAAGGAAAAUGGAAAGCCGUCAGAUACACGCCUGAUCACCGACAAGGACAAUUAAUGUGGAGUAAACCAACUGAAAUAAGUAAUUAUAAGUUUAACGGCUUUGAAAUAUCAUUUGGCCAUUUACAUCCUUUGCGAAAAACAUCGUCAGUUACACCAACGGAAGCCGUAAACAGUUGGAAAAGUAGUUCAGGCCACAACGCUGUGAUGAUCCAGCAAGGAAUAUGGCAACAUCCGCCAAUGAAAGCGAUGGGUGUUGGUGUUUAUAAAGGAUACGCCUGUACAUGGUUUGGUCAAGAGAAGGAUACAUUCCCAACUCCUUCGUAA